AUGUCAUGUUAUCGAAACUGUAUCAAAUGUAUGCUACUUUUGUUUCUCAUUGGAUUAGCUGUAUUGAAUACUUAUAGUUAUUGGAAGGAUAGUCUGAACGUGAAUACGGAAAAGACUAGUAUGCAUCCAGAAGUUACUGUAGAACAGAGUUCUAUUACUCCAUUCCAUUGUCCGUUUGAAUCUUGGAAUCAAGUACAUUCUGAUAUUGUACCAAAUGAGAAUCUUCAUCUGGAAUGGAUCCAGAAUAAUAUUUCACGACGAGACAAUAUUUUGGAGUCACAAAUUCGACUAUUGUCUUCUUUCGUCUAUCCGGAUCAUAUUUCAAUUAUAACGAAUUCACAGAGGAGUUAUGGCCAAAAAGUCUACUGUCGCUACUAUAACUGCCUCCGAGAAGAGAUCUCCAACUCCUCGUAUCAAUCAAUAUUUUUCCCAAUGAAUGUAAUCAGAUGUCCGAGAAGAAUUGGUGUGAAAUAUAUGUCGAUUAGUUUUGAUUCGGAAGAGAUACCACAAGAACCGAUUCCACUUGUUUAUAGAGUUUUUGAAGCGCCAAUCCACGAGGUAUCAGUAUGCGUCGGUCCGAUAUACGGAUCGGAGAGCAAGUGGUUAGAAGUUGUAGAGUUUAUAGAACAUUAUAAACUGAUUGGUGUACGGUACUUCUAUUUUACAGUAUUCAAUAUGAAUGAGUACAGUCGGAAGAUUAUUGAUGAGUAUCUGAGAACAGGAGAAAUCGAGUUGACCGUGAUCCAAUCAGAAUACAAAACAAUAGAUUGGCAGUUUCAUCUCCUCCAGAUUAAUGAAUGCCACCAACGGAGUAAACAUCAUUCGAAAUGGGUUAUAAACGUGGAUAUUGAUGAGAGAUUGGUUAUUUUGGAUGAUAAAAUAAAAUCAGUUGGAAGUUUAUUGAGUGGAUAUAAUGAUACAGUUGCUGAGGUCGGAUUUGCGAUUCGAAGAAUUCAGCUCAGACACUACCGUACCAUUGAGAAGAAUAUCCUUGGAUCCGGAUGGCUGAUUGAUCCAAAUUACAAAAACUUUACAAUUGUUCCGGAAGAAACGGAAUUCGCAGAGAAACUGAAGGAGAAUAUCCGCGCAGCCAUGGACCGUGGUCAAUGUGGAAUAUUCAAUGUUGCCCCGUUCUUGGAAUGUGCUUCUCAAGGAAAAGACAAUUCCGAGUGUUGUCGACAUCGUGGAAUCGUUCAGAAGACCCCUUCUACUACUCCAUUCCAAUGCCCGGUUGAAUCUUGGAACCAAGUACAUUCUGAUAUUGUCCCAAAUGAGAAUCUUCCUCUGGAAUGGAUCCAGAAUAAUAUCUCACGACGAGACAAUAUUUUGGAAUCACAAAUUCGACUAUUGUCUUCUUUCGUCUAUCCGGAUUAUAUUUCAAUUAUAACGAAUUCACAGAGGAGUUAUGGAACAGGAGAAAUCGUGUUGACCGUAAUCCAAUCAGAAUACAAAACAAUAGAUUGGCAGUUUCAUCUCCUCCAGAUUAAUGAAUGCCACCAACGGAGUAAACAUCAUUCAAGAUGGGUUAUAAACGUGGAUAUUGAUGAGAGAUUGGUUAUUUUGGAUGAUAAAAUAAAUUCAGUUGGAAGUUUAUUGAGUGGAUAUAAUGAUACAGUUGCUGAGAUAAUCUCCGAAAUGGAAUUCCUCAAAUACAACGUGUCUUCUCCAGUCACUUGGUGUGCCUACAAAACUAUUUAUCGACCAGAAAAGAUCGCAGCAAUGUAUUAUCACUGGGCAUAUCAGAUGUAUCCUGAAACAGUGGCUGAGUAUGUGAAAAGCGAAAUUGCGCUGUUCAGACACUAUCGUACCACUGAGAAGAAUAUCCUGGGCGCUGAAUGGCUGACUGAUCCAAAUUACAAAAACUUUUCAAUUGUUCCGGAAGAAACGAAAUUCGCAGAAAAACUGAAGGAGAAUAUAUUGAAAAAGAUCAAAUAUGUAUACGAUCAACGGGUUUUGAACUGUGAAGAGAUAGCUGAGAUACCGUAUGAAGAGUAUAAAGAAUUUGGACAUGACAUCUUUAAUUGUACAUUUCGAAAUGAAACUGGUAGUAAUAAAAGUGUUGAUUGA